UUUCCGACAAGGAUCUUUCCCAGACCUAUCUGUUGAUAGGGAUGUGCACUAUCUGUUGAUGCUAGAGUUUGAACCUGAGGAAUUUCUGCUAGGGAUGUGCACUGGUUUGGUGCCAAACUGGUUCAGACAACAUCUGGACCAGUUCGGUGCCACGGGGAGGGGAGUGGGGAGCAGGAUCUUUUUUUAAAAAGGAGAGCAAGUCCUUAACUGCUCUCCACCACCACAUGCAGCUUCCUGAUGUCGCGGCACUUGUCCCAAGAACCCACAUGUCGAUGCUGCACGCAGGUUCUUGGGAUUAGCGCCACCCCAGCAGGAAUUUUUAAAGAUCCUGUUGGGGUUUGGGUAGAAGUGCUCUGAUUAAAAGAAGAAGAAGACAGGAAUAGAAUAUUAAACUGUGGAUUUAUAGGGGAAGCGUAGAGGUGGCAGAUAUGCCCAAGAAGGCGAAAGGAAAGAAAGGGGGAAAGCCUAUUCGCCAGCCUAAGCAGCCCGUGCAGUCUCCUUCUUCGUCGGAAGGGGAGGAUGAGGAGAUGGUAGUGAUUCAGGGGUUAAUAGGCAGGAUGGAGGCCUUGGAGAAGGCCAGGGCCGUGCCUUCGGAUGAAGGGGGUGGUCCUUCAGGGUUGCCAGGGAGGGUGCCUAAGCGCACCCAAGGGGUGACACGUGCACAGUUAUUGAGGUCUAUUUCUGACAGGCUCGGUGCGUUGAGGAAUGGGGGCCUGCCUGGCCCGGGUCUACCUGCGAGUCCUGAUGUUCCGGUGGUUCCGGUGCCGAUGUCGCCUUCUCCUUCGCCGGUGGUACCUGAUGCUCCUGUGCCUGCGGAUCCGAUUCCUUUGGAACCUGCUGAGCCGGUGGUACUGGAUUGGCCUUCUAGAUAUUUCUGUAAUAUUCCCAUGGGGCUACAGAGGUCGGCAGGGACCAAGGUUUUGCCAAGAUUUCCCAGGCAUCAGCAUUCCACACAGCAGAUGUUGUUUGCAUGCACAAUUAUCAUCCUCAUGGCAAAAAAGGCACAGGCUCCAUUAUACCCCAUCAGAAAUGAUUAAUAACUAAAGUCUAACAAGAAACCAAAAGUGGCCAAGGUAGGAUACUGUGUUAAUGUUCUUGUUUUCUUCUCUUUUCUUUCUUGCCCCUUUGAACGCCCCUUGAACAGCUUUGGUGGGUUGACACAGUGUCUGGAUAGUUGCAGGAGCUGAAAGAAAGCUCGGAAAUGUUAAAAUCGGAGAAAUGGCAAGCACUUUAAGCUUCCCAUAUUAAAGGAAAGGGGGGGGGAGAGAAAGAAAAGGUUGGCUUUGACAAUUGAGAAAGUUAAGAUGGUAUUGGUUUCUGUUCUGUUUUAAUUUUUUCAUUUGUACAUCAUGUAGUGUUUGCAUUUUAAGAUUAUAUUUUCUGUGUAAACUUUGUAUAUUACAUACUGUGUGGUGUUUGUUAACUUUCCCCUCAAAGCAAAAGUGUUUUUGGUAUUGUACAUCUAUAUCGGCUCCAACUGUCCCUGUUUUAUCGUGGACAGUCCCUAUUUUUGAUAAAUUUCUGGGUGACAUCCUGACUCUCUAAGCACACGAGCUUUGAGAGACUGUGGCAUCACACUGGGAGCCCUCACAGAACUCUCCCAAUCUCCUGUUGUGUACGCUGUUGCAUAAAAGCCUUUAGAGCUUGGAAUGCUGCCCAUGCUCCAGAAGUGUGCUGUAAGAUCAGAAACAUGUCACUCAGGGGCAUUAUACAGUAUUAAAUAAUGUAUAUCCUUGGGGGAAUACUUCUCUCAUGUAUAUAUUAUGAUAAAUGGUUUAUUCUAGAGACAAAAAUGUU